UACAGAGAGACUUCCUCACUGAUCCCUCUGCGCCUCUGCAGUUUGGUUAGUUGGUUGGUUGGUUGGUUUGGGUUUCGUUUUCACUCUUUGGGCAGAGCAUAGCAUUGAGUCCCAAAUGGCUUCUUCUGUUUUCUCUUUUUCUCUCUUCUUCUUCUUCCUUCUCUUCUCCUUUACCACCUCUCUCCACCUCUGCACUGCCUUCUCCGCCCAACACAGCCCUCUCCGCCACCACCUUCGCCACCCUCGCUUCGCCGGACACAACUACAGGGACGCUCUCUCCAAAUCCAUCCUAUACUUCGAAGGCCAGAGGUCUGGAAAGCUCCCUCCUAACCAGAGGAUCACUUGGAGGAGAGACUCUGGUCUCUCUGAUGGCUCAGCUGUGAAUGUUGAUUUAGUGGGAGGGUACUAUGAUGCAGGGGACAAUGUGAAGUUUGGGUUUCCCAUGGCUUUCACGGCCACCAUGCUUUCAUGGAGUGUGAUUGAGUUUGGUGGGUUGAUGAAAAGCGAGUUGUGUAAUGCGAGAGAAGCCAUUCGCUGGGCUACUGAUUACCUUCUCAAAGCCACUGCUCAACCAGACACCAUUUAUGUUCAGGUGGGUGAUGCAAACAAGGACCACGCUUGUUGGGAGAGACCUGAAGACAUGGACACACCAAGAAAUGUGUUCAAGAUUGACAGAAAUACCCCUGGUUCUGAGGUUGCAGCUGAAACAGCCUCUGCUCUUGCAGCUGCUUCUUUGGUGUUUAGAAGAAUUGACCCCACUUAUGCCAAGCUUCUUGUCACCAGGGCUAUCAGGGUCUUUGAGUUUGCUGAUAAGUACAGAGGUGUUUAUAGCAAUGGGUUGAAGAAAGUUGUGUGUCCUUUCUAUUGCUCUUUCUCUGGUUAUCAGGAUGAGCUGUUGUGGGGUGCUGCUUGGUUGCACAGAGCCACCAAGAACCCAAUGUACCUCCAGUACAUUCAAGUCAAUGGCCAAACCCUUGGAGCUGAUGAGUCUGAUAAUACAUUUGGGUGGGAUAACAAGCAUGUUGGAGCCAGGAUUCUUCUCUCCAAGGCAUUUCUUGUUCAAAAGCUUCAAUCCCUCCAUGAUUACAAAGGUCAUGCAGAUAACUACAUCUGUUCCCUGAUACCAGGGACUCCCUCCUCUCAAGCCCAGUACACCCCAGGUGGGCUUUUGUUCAAGAUGAAUGAUAGUAACAUGCAGUAUGUGACAUCCACCUCCUUCCUCCUCUUAACCUACGCCAAAUACUUAACCUCCGCCCACAAGGUCGUCAAUUGUGGUGGUGCAGUUGUCACCCCCAAUAGGCUCCGAUUCAUCGCCAAAAAACAGGUGGACUACUUGCUAGGAGACAACCCCUUGAAAAUGUCCUACAUGGUGGGGUACGGUCCAAGGUACCCUCUGAGGAUCCACCAUAGGGGAUCAUCUCUACCGUCCAUCGCCACACACCCGGGAAAGAUCCAAUGCUCAUCCGGGUUCAACAUCAUGAAUUCCCAGUCCCCCAACCCAAACAUCCUAGUGGGGGCCGUAGUUGGUGGGCCCGAUCAGAAUGACCGAUUCCCCGAUCAACGGUCAGAUUACGAGCAAUCAGAACCCGCGACGUACAUCAACGCACCGCUUGUAGGAGCACUGUCUUAUCUUGCUCACUCAUUUGGGCAGCUCUAAAGGGGCCUCAUUGGUGUCUCUAUUUAUAUGGCUCGAGUAGUGGUUUUGGGGUUGAGACCCAAGGCUCGAGCCCCUAACGUUGUGAUGAAAGUGUUAUUUACAUAGCCUUGUUAUUUAUUUAUAUAGUGACAUUAUUAGGAGGUGUUUAAUGUAAUGUAUUUUAUGGCUUGAGUGUGAGUUUCGUAGCCGAAACGGCGUUAGUGUGUGUAAAAGGUUGUUGGUCGUAUCGUGGUCUACUGAGCUUUUAUUUUAAUAGCAUUGGCCACAGCACAGGGCUGCUUUCUGCUUUCAUGUGUGUUUUUUUCUUCCCAGCUUUGGGAAUUGCAUUGCAAAAAAUAUGUUUAGUUGUGUUAUGUGAUUUCGGUA